AUGAAUGAUUUGUAUUCCUUGUAUGAAGAUAUAUGCGAAAAUGACAAAAUUUUAAUUUCAGGAAAAUUAAAAAAUAUACUCGAUUAUUCCCAGAAUAAAAAUAAAUACCAUGUGUCAGAAUUCGUUGUUUUAAGCAGAACAAGAUUUUUUAAAUCUAUUAGCAACUAUGGAGAAUUUUUGUUGCUGCAGUCAUCUUCACGAGUAAUAGGUAGCUACGAAAAUAUUUUACGACUGUUACAUAAAGCAAAAGUGUAUUUGGAAUUUGUUAGAUGCUUAAAAUUUAGUGAUCUUAAUUUAAGUAAGAACAAAAAAUAUGAAGAGGAUAUUUUAAAAUUCAUUAAUUAUUUGGAAACCAAAAAAAAGAAACAUUAUUACUAUAUAUGUGGAACAAUGAUAAAAUUCAUUAUAACUUCUCUCAAGAAAAGUGAUAAUUCUAUAGAAAAUCAAAUAAAUGAAGUCGAAUUAAAAGAACAAGACAAUAUCUUUAUUUAUGAGAAAAAUGAUUCUAAAAAUGAAGAAACAAUUCAAGAUUAUACUUUAUGUGAGUCACCCCAAAUAAAGAAUAACAUGGAUUCAUGGGAAAAAAACUAUUUUGAUGAAAAAGGCAUUAUUGAGCCUUUUGACGAAUUAGAAGAAUAUGGUGAUUAUCUAUAUAACGUUUUAAAUCAAAUGGAUAGUACAUCGUGGAGAGAUAAAAAGUACGAAGAAUACUUAAAAAUGAUUAGUUUAAAUGAUGCAAUUAUAAAAGACGAAAAUGAUAAAACAAAAACUUCUGAGAAUGGAAGUUUUACUAAUAUUACAAAGAUGACAAAUAAUAUGAUUUUAUUACCAAAAUAUUUGGAAAAUGUAAGAAAUUCUAUAUAUAAUAAUCAAAAUAAAUCAAUAAUAGAAGCGAAAUCCAUGAUUGAGCACGCAAUGAGUGAUAAUGUGAAAGUUCCAUUGUUUAAAACUGGAAAAAUUAUAAGUGAAAUGCUUCCUUCUCCCGAUUACGAAAAAUACUGGACUAAAUCAGAAUCCCCUUUUGUAAAUAGCUUAGAUGACACAACGUUAAUUCAAGAUAUGGUAUUUAAAAUUUUUAACUUAAAUAAGAAUAAAACAGACAAUUCUGCUUCAUCAAGUGGAUAUUGUGUUAACUACUGCGAUAUUUUCAAAAUUAUUUUAAAAGGAAUAAACUCUAUAAAAAAUGAAAAUGAAGAAAUCCAUAUAUUUCUUAGACAGUUAUUGAACAAAACAAAGAAGAACUGUGCAAAUACGUGGAAUAAAGAAUCAGGAGUUUCUCAAUUAAACCUCAGAGAUAAAUACAAUUAUUCCUUUUUACCUUUAAAUAUAUACAAUAAUUCUAUUGAUAUCAGUAGAGAAAUAUUAAAAUAUUCCAUAUGUAAUUAUGAUUUAGCGUUAACACUUAAAGCAGUCGACACUUUUCUAACGAUAGCAGUCUAUGAAAAAUCUUUAAAGGAUAUUGUUCAUUUCCUAAACACAGUGGCAGAAUACAUAAUUAUACCUUAUUUAAGAAGUGAAAUAAAAUUAGGUUACAAAAGAAUUUAUGACAAUAAAGACAUUACCUACAGUAAUUCUUGCUACAUAAAUGAUUAUGCAGGAUUAAAAAUUGAAAAUGUUAAUAUAUGUACUACUACUGCUACUACUACUACUACUACUAAUAAUAAUAAUAAUAAUAGCAAUAGCAAUAACAAUAGCAAUAGUAAUGAUAAUUAUGGUAAUAGCAGCAGUUGUAAUAACAGCAACAGUACUAAUAAUAAUUACCAUACCAAUUACACAGACUUUAAAAAAUUAUUAUGCAGAGUUCCUUUAUAUGAAUAUGAAUCCUUGAAGCUUUUAGAAUUGUUUUCCUUGCAGUAUCCUAUGUUUUUAAAAAUAAAUAAUAAACCCCAAAGAUGUUUGAAGGAUAUUCCCAAACCCUGUGAAUACUCUAGUAAUAUGCUUCCAACUUAUGGAUUUUAUAUAUUUCAAAUUAUCGUAUCUUUUGAAAUUGAUAACUCUAUAAAAGUAUUAGAUGAACUUGGGUCGAAGUGUAAAAUACUGUUUCAGUUAGUUGAAGAUGAUAAUAACGAGGAUGUAAACAUAAAUGUUAAUUCAGUGGGAAAUAGUAAUAAAAAUAAAGAAUAUAACUUUUUAGAAAUUAAAUUCCAACAGAAUCAUAUGUAUACUAAAUUGAUAAAAUCAAGAAAUUCAGAAAAUUCUAUGAAAGAAAAGGGAGAAAUUGAAAUAGUAGACAACGAUAAAACAAACAAAAUAUCAAAUAUAAAGCAUAAUGAACAGAACACAUGUAAAAAUGAUUCUUUAAAUAUUGGUUCAAGAUCGAGUUACAAAAAAGAUAAAGAGAAGAGCAAACGUGCAAAUAAACUGAUAAAUGUAUAUGAUAUAACAAAUAUGAAUAAAAUUGUAUUCGAUAUAUUGAUAGAUCAAGGAUGUUAUAGCAAUGAUGCUAGUUAUGUACGUGGUAUACAAAAUAAUCACGGUAAAAUGAUUAUCUAUUCAAAUGGAAAACAUUUAUUAUCAACCAUUAUAAAAAAGAAUUAUUCUUCUGUUAAUAAUAUAUUGCUGAACAGUAAUGUAAAAUUAAAAGUGUAUACAUCACGUACAUGUAUUUUUGAAUUUCCAAAAGAAUGUUCUUGGUCGUCAGCCUUUGUUGACGAAUUAGUAAAUAAAAAAUUAAUUCCAGAUAUAAACAGCAAUUUUCUCCUUAGAAAUCCACUUAAUAUAAUAGAACUUUAUAAUAAAGUUUCUAUCGCAUUAAAUCGUUAUAUGUACCGUUUCUGCUAUUGGAAUGAUAACGAUUAUAAUAAGAUAAUUGAAAAAGAGACAUCAUACACAUUAUAUAAUAACAUCGAUAUUUAUACUUUUGAAACGUUAAUUAAAUGUACUGAAAACAAUAAUAAAAUUCUUAGAAAAUUAUUCAAAUUAACCAAGAGAUGCGUAAUGGGUAAAGAUAGUAAUAAUGAUAACAUGAACACAAGGAGGUUACGUGUAUAUCAAUUUGACGAUUUCGUUAAAAAAUAUAGAGAAUAUUUAUAUGAAUGGAAUCAAAUAUCGGAUUCACAAAUUUGUACCUUAAGCAUUUUGAAAUUAUAUUUAAAUAAUAGUUUGGAUACCCAAAAUAGUAGAAUAGAAAAUAAUGAAAAUUUUUAUUCCUUGUCAGAAAGAUUGAUAACAUCCUUUUUAAAAAUAAUUAAGCUUAAAACUCCUUUUAUUAAUAGGCAGGAUUUUUAUAUAAAUGAAUAUUACGAAAUGGAGGAAUUAGAUCUGAAUGGUACUUUGUGGUUAUUAAGGAGAAAUGUGUUCCAAAUACUUUUGGAGGCAGACAGAAUAAUUGUAAGCAACAUAUUUAUAAGAAUACCCAUUGAAACCAUUUUAACUUUACUCAAAUUCUUUUCUGAUAAUAAUAAUAGUUUGGAUUCACAAAUGAUAUUGACCUUGCUAAAAUCUUUAGAAGAAAAAGGUAUUUUAGAAAUAAUGAUGAAACGAAUGCUCAGUGCACCUAAUAAAAAUUGUUCCGGAAGUACAUAUAAGCGAAUUAACGUAAAUCCAACCGGUCGUUACUUAAAUUCUCAAAAUUUCAAUUCAAGUAAUGUUUCUUCCUCAUCUUCCAGUUCUACUUUAUACAACACUAGCACAGAUAAUUUGAAUGAAAAUAGAACGAGUAAAAAUAAAGAGGAAAAAAGAAAGAAAAGAAGAUAUUAUGAAGAAAAUAAACAUGAAAUUGAGAGAUAUGAGAAAAGAAAAAAAAAUAGUAAAUCUAGAAUCAUUGACACCACACAUUUUGGUAUUUUUGUUGAAGAAUUAAUCUCCCUAAUAAAUAAUCAAAUUAAUAAUGCAAUUAAUAUGCCUGUUAUACAACACAAUGAUGAAUACGAUUUUUUAACCGAAAACAAAUCUUGUGAUUUUAUUAAUAAAUUAUGCACAUUCUAUGAAUAUGAUGAAUCAAGGAAAGAAAUUUACGCUAAUUAUAAUUAUUUUGAUUCCUGUAUCAAAAUAUUGAAUCAAAUAAAACAAAAAAAUAAUCAUGUAAGUAGCGCAAGUGAAGUAGCAUCUAUAUUUUUGCGAGAUAUUGUUCUAAUGUUUACUACCUAUAUCCUGACUAUUGCAACAGAAUAUGAAACUACAAAGACAUAUUUGUACCAACCUGUCAUCCCAUUUUAUAAUGUACACAAUGAAAUGUCAAAAAGAAUAUCUGAAGAGCAAGAAAAUAAUAUUAUUGUGCAAUUAAAAGGAGCAAAAUAUGAAGAAGUAGAUGAAGAAACAAAAAUAGGACAUAUGGACUCUAUUAAGACUUGCACUAAUAAAUCAUCUAGCUUAAGAGAUCAGUUACUAGGAAAUUUAAAUAACGAUUUGGAAGAUACAAAUAGUUACAAGAGCAUAUAUUCUAGUUCUAUGAGCCCCAAUUCUUCAUUAGAUAAUGUGAAUAAUAACACAUUAAUGUAUUCGAAGUAUGAAAAAAAAAAAAAAUCUUGGACUCCAUUGAUUCGUAAGCAAAGCCCCAGUUUAAUUAACGAUGUAGUAUCACAAUCGGAUGAUUCUGAUUCACAAUUUUAUGAGAAUAAAAACGAAAUAUCUGACUUAGUUCAAACUAGUUUAGAAUGUAUAAAUGUUGAUACGGAAGAAAAUAUACAUAAAAAGAAAUCAUCUGGUUUUCAUAAUAUAAAGACUAUAUCCACACUUAUACCUGACUAUAAUUAUAACUCCGAUGAGUCUGAAGAGUUUUAUAUAAGGAAAAAUAUACAGUAUUUUUAUGAAAAUAAUAGUGAUUCCAGCAAUUUUAAAAUUCAGCUAAAUGAAAUUAUACAUAAUAUUUCCAAAAAGAAAAGAUAUGCUAAAAACAGCAAGAAACUUAAAGAUUUAAGAAAGAAAAUAAUGAAAUAUAAAAAUGAUUCCAAAAAGUUAAAUUUUAUUUUUUCCCUCUUGGAAGAAAUAUUACAGAUAAUGUUAGGUGUUGGACUACGUGUUUUAUCUAAUAUUUCAUAUCAUUAUCUAUAUGAAAAAAAUGGUAUGCAUAAAUUUAUAAAUAUAUUUGGAUCAAACGUAAUUAGAAAUGACUUAAAUGAGAAGAAAUCAUUUCUUCAGUUAUGCGCAAAUAUGAUAAAACCCAAAAGUUUAACAUUGUUGGAAGCAUGUAAUUUUAUAAUAAGUGGAAUAAUCCCUUGUUUAGGAUAUGUGACUAACCUUUUUGUUGAUAAGAAAGGUAGUAGAUAUACAUAUAUAAAGGAAUUAAAGAAUUAUUUAUCUUUAAAAAUGGCUUUAAAUAUUUGGCCCAUGUUUCUAAAAAUAACUUUGCAAGCUUUAUUAACUUCCAGACAUUUAUCAUUUGAAAUGUCUGUUCACAAAGACAGUCUUCAUCCCAUAGCUGAAUGUUGUAUAAGUAUCACAAGUUUAGCUAUGCAUUUUUUAACAUUUUUUACUAUUAUGUCUGAUAACUUAAGCAAAUAUGAAAUAUAUGUUAACAUGAGAAAAUGCCUAAAAUCAUCGAGUUCUUAUCCAAUACCUCUUAUAUUAAUUAAUGCUGCAAAAUAUAUUCGUAUUACUUCAAAAAAAAAUAAAUAUUAUGAUUUUGAAAAAGCCAUUAGAACUAUACUGCUGCAGCUUACAGACUGUUCUGUGUGUGAUUAUGAAAAUUACGUUUUUAAUCACUAUAUAGUACCUCAAAGCAUCUCUAGCUUUUUAUCAGCAACGAAAGUAACACGUGAUGUAGAUUUAAUUAAUGAAGAAUCGCCAUCCAAUAAUAUAUUACCAAAUGAUUCAAAUAAGAAAGGUAAUACUAUAAAUGAAAAUAAACCAGUAGUAGAGGAAUAUAUGAAAACACAUCAAUCGCUCAAUGAGGGGGAAAAUGCAUCAAAUAAUAUUCAACAAGAGAACAUUAAGGAGAAAACAGGGAAAAUGAAUGUACCAUCAGUAUGUGCAAAAGUGAACAUGAGUAACGAAACAAAUAUUGAAUUUUUAAGGAAAUUAUUGAAUAAUGACAGGGAUGCUAUAAAAUAUUUAGGAUCAUUUUACAAUGUGUUUCAUAAGAAUUUUGAAAGAGCUCAAGUGGCAUUUAUAGCUGUUUUUCUAUAUCUUAUUGGCUAUAAUCAUAACAUAAUAAUAGAUAUGGAAAGGGAUUCUCAAAAUAAAUGUACGAUGGAGAAGAUAGAAUGUAUACUAGUAAGAGAAGCCUUAGAGAUUAAGAAAAUGACAACUGCAUGCAAUUUGGCUAGACAAGGGGUUAUAGAUCUUAUAUCUAAAACUCAGACACAAUAUCAGAAGAGAAGUUUGGAAUAUAAAAUAUCCUCCAGAUCUAAAAUUAAUGAUGAAAAACAAUAUGAUAAAAAUAUGGAUUAUAAUGAAUUAGGUAACAAGGUACAUAGAGAUAUGGAAUCAGGGAAUCGCUUUAAUAAUCAUAUAAAAACUUUAGGAAAUGCAAAUCAAAGAAGCUUUAAUUCAGGUAAUAGUUAUGAACAAGAAGAAUUAGAAUUUCUGCUUAAAAAAAAUAAUACAACAGGAAAUAUUCUACCUUCAAAAAAUGAAAAGGAUGAAUUUAUUUCAUGUAAUUUGAGUAAAGAAGAAUUAAAUUAUUUAAAUGAUAUAAUGCCUGAUGGAGAAAAAUGCAGCCACAAUAAUAGUGAAUUCACAACUAUGGAUUUUAUAAAAAGAAAGAGGGAAAAACAAAUAGAUAAAAUUUUAAGAAAAUGUGAAUGGAUAAUGAACACAUAUCCAUAUGGUUUAUGUCCAAUAAUUUUAAAUGAUAAUCUUCCUUAUGAAUGGGAUGAACAUUUUGUAUUUAUGCGUAGAAAUUCAUAUGACAUACCUAUAACUGUUAGAAAAAUAUAUUCAGAUCGUAGCGAUUGCCAGAUAGUUCAGGAAUCUGCAACGAUUCCAACAUUUGCUAGCUCAGCAAAAACAAAUGUUUCUUCUUUGGUAUAUUUGGAUCAGUUAUUUAGACAUCAAUAUAGAAUGGAUGAAAAAUUGGAAUGUAUGCAAUUUAGUACGGAAAACAUUUUUGGAAAAGCAACAACGAAAAACUUAUAUCUUUUAAAAAGAUUAUUAAAAACGUGUAAAAGAAAUUUUUGUCUUAAAGAAACAAAUAAUGGAGAUUUUAAGUAUGAAAAAGACAAACAUCAAAAUGGAAAAAAAUUAAAUAAAUAUAUAGAUGAUAAUAAAGCCAGAAAUUUAUCAAAUAGUUACCCAAGUUGUGAUAGUGUAAAUUAUUAUAAUGACGAAUCCAACUAUUACAUGAAUUAUAACUUUUCAGAAAAGAAUAAUAAUGAUAAUUCUAAUAAUUCAUUGACAGAGAAACUUAAUAAUAACAGUAAGAAUACCAUUGAAAAUGAUGGUGAAUUAUAUUUGAGUUCUCGGAUAGCUAAAAAUAACAUUUUUCAUCAUGGUAAUGACAUUCAAAUAGAAGAACUCAAUUCUAGAAUUGUAAAUUAUAAAUCCGGAUGUUUUUUCUUUGCGCGUAAAUCUUUUGAUGAAAAUGACUUCAUAAGUAGUAAUAUUGAUAAUAAUAAUAAUAAUAAUAAAUGGGACAAUAAUGUGAGUUACAUUACAAGAUAUACAAAUUCCAUUUUAGAUUAUGAAGAAAAUGCCUCUGACACUAAUUUAUCUGCAAUUAAUAAUAAAUACUAUGGAAUUUCUAAUAAACUGCAAAAAAGUCGUUCUAUGAAUAAACAAGAAUAUAUGCAUAUACAAAAUCUUAAUGAGAUGAAAUGUGAACAAUGUUCAAACAAAAAAGAAAGUUUUCCAUCAUUUGAUUACUACAAAAAUAAAAGUCUUCCAUUUAAUGUAAAGGAUGUAACUAUAAAGAACAUUUUGGAUCAAAGUAUUGAUUCAAAAGAUUUAUUUCAAUUAAGAGAAAUAUUAAAUUUUCUAAUUAAUGAUACUGAACUUGAAACAGUUUUAAAUGUUAUAAGAAUAGAGCAGUUAACCACCUUAUGUAGAUACCUAAUUAGUAGAAGCUUAAAAUCGAUGUUGUGUGCAGGAAUUUUUGGAGGUAUUAAAAAUCCAAUAGUAAAUAUGAAAAAAAAAAAUGUUUGUCCUAAUAAAAGGUCGAAAAAAGGUUACAAUUCCAAUUCGGAUGACAUUAAAAAGAAGAAAAAGAGCAACUGUAAUGAGGUUAAUGUAGACAAUAAUAAUGACGGCAGUUGUAAUAGCAAUAUUUGCAAUAGUAAUAUUAAUAAUAAUAAUAAUAAUGAUAAUAGCAAUAAUGAUAAUAGUAAUUACAACAACUAUAACAAAGAUAAUAGUAAUAAUAAUAUUAAUGACAGUAAAACUAAUAAAUACAGUACUGAUGAGCCGAAUAUAUUAAAUGGGAACGAUCCGCCUGAAUCCCUUAUGCAAAAUAACAACAGAAAGGAAAAGGGUAUUUCAUUUAAAAAAUAUAGGUUUAUAACUUCAUAUGAAAAUAAUAAAUCGGGUGACCAAGAAGAACAAAGAAAAAUGAAGAAUUUUGAAUAUAGUCAAAAGUAUAUAAAAAACGAUAAUACUAAAAAAGGUAUAUUUGAGCAAUGGAAGCGAAAAUCUGCAAAAAAUAUGCAGUGGCCUGUUAUACUAGAUUUGCUUGUUCCGUCUUCUAGUAGAGGAACGUAUAAUGAAUGCAACAGAGUAAUAUCUAAUGUCGAACCCUCCUUAUUUUCUGUACAGAAUUAUGGAUGGAUGCUUUUGAAAUUGUUGCAUGUUAUUAUUAUAAAAUUUAGAAAUACUACGCCCUUAAAAAAUUUAAUUUACGAAAUGAAUCAAAAUAAUAAUAAUAUUGGUAAUGGGAACAAUAAUUUGUAUAUAAAAGAUCAAUUUGCAUAUCACUAUUGGUUUACGCAACCAAUGGAAUAUGCACUUUCUUUUACAUUAACAGAUAUUACUAAAAGUAUAUGUAUUUGGUAUUUGAGGUAUAAUCGUAAAAUGAUAAUGAAUUCUUCCAAUUUUUCACAAAUUAUAAAGAACUCUAUGAACACACUUUGGAUAGAAAGCGUUUUACGAUUAAUAGCUUUGCAAAUAUGUUUAAGAGUAAAGCCCUUGAAUGACAGCAGAUAUGUAGUACCAUUCUUGUACCAUAUGCUAACCAUUUGUCAGCCUCUGCUAAGAGAAGUCCAUAUUAACAGCGAGCAUUUAAAAAAAAAAAAUUUCACAGGAAAUAAGAAGCUAUUUUUUAUGGAUCAGAAUAAUUCCUUUAUCAAGAUAAUGUGUACGCAUUGUCACAAGUCUAUAACAACGUCUUCUAAGAAUGUGAAUUUGAAGAUACCUCAAAUUGGAAAGGGUUUUAAAAACAUUAGAAAUAUAAAUACUAGUGAAAUAAUAAUGCCUACCAAAAGAGCAUGCAAUAAUAAUAUUUGUAUUAAUAAUGAAGAAAGCAAAAAUUUACUUGAUGUAAAGGGAUAUAUACAUUCAGAACGUAUACAGAAAAAACAAAAAAAAAUAAAGCAAAGAGUACUCCGAAUUAGGAGUUACAACACUUCAGAACGUGAAGAUGAAGUCGUACUUGACAAUGUAAUCACAGGGGUUGUUAUAUAUCACGAAAUUGUAAAAGAAAAUGUAUCCGUAAAUAAAAAUAUUAUUUUACAAAAUUUAAAAGGUUUUAAAAUAAAAAAGGAAUAUAUACACGGAAAUCAGUAUUGGGCUUUAUGCACUCAACAAUAUAAGGAUUCGUCAUUAUAUACCUUAGCUUUAAGAAACUUAAAUAAGUCAAUAAAACAUAUAAAUAUAAAUAUGUUUCAAUGUAUAAAUAAUAAUGUGAAUUCAUAUUAUUGGUUUGUUAGUGGUGAUCCUGUAUAUAACAUUUAUGGAAAUGCUAAAACUAUAUCUGAUGUGCAGUUAGAAAUAUGUAUUAAUAAUAAUUAUGAUACAUCUGAAAGAUCCUUUCUAAAAAAAAACAAUUUUGAAUUGGAGCUUUCAAUUAAUACAGAUUUAAAUGAUAUAGUAAAUAUAUGGGUAAAGAGAAAAUCAAUUAUUAUAAAUAAGGAACUAAUAGAGUGCAGCGAUACAUGUGCAACUGGUGGUAUAACGAAUUUAUCGAAAAAGGAAAAAUUACUAGGAAAUGAGAGUGGGUUAGUAUGGAACAAAUUCAGUAAGAACAUAAAGAAAAGGAGUUCAUUACAUAAUUCAAUGAUUAAUAAUAAAUUCGAAAAUUACGAAAAUGAGGAUUAUGAGCAUAUAUCAGAACAUGUUUGCGAAUGUAAUAGAUUUUUUUCAGAUCAAAAUGAUGUUUCGAAUGAUAAUAACUUUUCUAAUAGGAGCAUACCCUCUGAAUAUUGUAAAACUAAUAACGUAAAAUAUGACCAGAAUGAGAAUUUGAAUUAUAAGAAGCUAAAAUUAAUAAGUUGGAAUUUAAUAAAAACAAUUUUAUGGGGAAUAUUGGUUUCUGGUGAAAAUGCAGAAAUUGAAAAAUCCAAUCAGGUGGUAACAGAAAGUAGUACUAGAUAUAUUAAAAAAAAACUUUUUAACAUUCCUGAUGAAGCAGAAGAAGAAUAUAAUUAUAAAAAUAAUUAUAAUGAUUAUAAAUCUGAAUUUUCUUCACUUCAACGAAAAAGUUUAAUAGAAUCUGUGCUGAAAAUGAUUAUGUCUGUUUUGAUCAAAUUAUGUAACAUUGUGAAAUUAUAUAAUGAUUUAACCAAAAAUCAGAGGGGUUCAUUCUACAUAAUUAUUAAUAAUACAAAAAUAAAUAAGCAACAAGUAAAAGAUUGUGAAAAAAUGAUUACGGAUUUUAUGUAUGCCUUAAUUAACUGUGUGCAGAAUUCACCAACAGGAGCUGUUACUCUCCUUAGAUGCUUUUUAUUUGGGCAAGAUAAUCCCACAUAUCGUUUUAAAAAACUAAACAAACUUAACAUAAAUUGUAAUUUUUACAGGUUAAUUACCGAGUGUAUAAAAAAAGCUCCUAACGAUGCAGAUGAUAUUAGUGUUUUUUUUAAUAGAUACUUUGAUAAGAAUAUACUUAAUAAUUACAAUAUGAGCGAAGAAAAUUAUGUGUUAAACAAUGUUAAAAAAAUGAAACCUAUGUCAUAUAGUUCCGUAAAGGAAAAUAUUAUUAAUAACAACGGAAACAGUGCGAACAUGUAUUCUAAGGAGAAUGUAACUACUAAUAAUAACGGUGGCAAAAUUAAUAAUGACACAAAUAGCAGUUAUAAUAAUGGAAGAAAUAAUAAUGUUAAUAUGAAUUAUAAUGUUGUCAUGAAUAAUAAUGUCGAUAUUAAUAAUAAUGUCGAUAUUAAUAAUAAUGUCGAUAUGAAUAAUAAUGUUGAUAGUAAUGAUAAUGAUGGUGAAAAUAAUAAUAAUGGCAAUAAUAAUAGUAUCGGUAGUAAUAAUAAUGACAGUUCUGUAAGACACAAGGACACAGAUACGCAAGUGUCGUAUUUUUUCUUCAGGAAUUAUGAUUCUGGUAUAUACAAAAAUUACAAGCAGAGUAAAAUACACGGUUUCUUUCUAUUAAGAUGCUUACCACCAAUAAAAAUGUUUCCAAAACAAUUAAUUCAUCAAGAAACAAAAAAGUUAUUUCAUAAUGAAAUAAGUUUUUCCAGUGAAAAUAAUCUAUCGAAUUUUAGUGAAAAUGACGACAAAAAAGAAUUAAAUGGAAACAGUAAAAAGAGCACAAACGAUGAUUUUCAAAUAAAUUCAAUCUCGAAAGAGGUUAUUGUGCCUAAUGAUUAUGAAAUGGAUAUAAAUAUAGAAAAUAGUGAAGAUAAUUCUCAAUGUAAUAGUAUGAACAAUAUAUUAGGAUUAAUACCUAGGAUAUCUUACAGAAACCAACCUUUUGAUGAAUUACCACAAUCCGAAUUUUUUAUGUCUAGUAGACCAUCCGAUGAUUUUGAGGCCAAUAUGGAAGGAAGAAUUUUGAGAGUUCUACGAGGAUUAAAUUUAGGAGGAGUUGUUUUAUGCUUAGCUCCUCUCACAUUUCCGGCAUUAAAUAUUGGGCCAAAUGAAGUUAAUGAUAUAAUUAAUUUUCGUAUUCAAACAAGGGGUCGCUUUGGUGUAACAGUGGCACCAGCAGAAUGUGUUUUGUCAAAUGUCUCUGAAGUUUUUGAUAGAAAUGACGUUGUUGGAUUUCGUACUAAUAUAUGUCCCCCAUUUAGACAUGAUGUAUUUGCAGCAAAUGUUCAUUACGAACUAGGGGAUUUGUUGAGUGUAAAAUUUAAUGUAGAAGAUCAACAAAAUCAAAAGUGUCUAAGAACAGAGCUUAUGGUUUCUGGAGUUAGUAUAGGAUCAGUUUUGGAAGUUCUCUUUGAAGCAGAUUCACAGGUUGAGUUUGAAAGAAGAAUGAAUUUAAUAUUUAUUUUUCAAGAUCCUAUGACUAUUGUUUAUGAAGGCCCAACAUUUACAAUGGAGUAUAUAGAUCCUAGCACGAAAAAUUCAAGGAACUCUAGAAGUGAUAAAAAAAAUUUAGAUGAAGAAUAUAUAAAUGAAUUUUAUUCCUUUUCAGGAUAUAAUAAAAAGAAUAUAAAAAAACAUUUAAAAAAAAUAAAACUAAAGAAAAAGGAAUUCUACGAAUCAGUUAAAAUGUAUCAAUCAAUUCUGAACUCAGAUAAUGAAAUAUUAAAGGAUUUAAAGCAUGAAGUAAUAAUAAGUAUGAAUGCGACUUUAACGAACAUGUCGUCUUAUUUGAAAAAGAGUUCAUCAAAUUAUGUAUGUUCGGAAAAUGGAUAUUCAAAUGUUCUAGAUUUUAUGAAAUAUAGAACCCAUGAAUUAACAUCAUUAAACGCUUCCACUUGUGAGGAAAAAAUGAAUGAUGGUGCGGCUAAUACUGAUACUAAUAAGACAAUUGUUGAUAAGGAGCACAAUGUAUUUAUGGAUACUAACAAUAAUGAUGAUAAUAAUGAAAUGCACAAUUGUAUAUUUAGCAGUGAGAAUAAAAUGUUCUUAACAGAUGAUUUAUUACAAAAGAAGUAUGAUGAAAAGAAAGACCUAACCUAUUCAGAACAAAAAUUUUAUAGUACAUUAAACUGCAAAAAUGAUAUAAAUAAUGCACAUAAUGCAAAUAGUGGAAAUAGUGCUAAUAGUACAAAUAAUAUAACUAAUACAGAUAAUACAAAGAAUGAUAGAGAUAAUUACUUGAACGAUAACCAGAAAUCAAAGGAAUCAUGUGAGUUUUCAUCGGAAAAGUGUAAAACUUGUCAAGAGAAAAAUGAUUCUACAUGUGGAUUUAAUCCAGAUUCUUCCAUAUAUAUAAAUGUGUAUAAGAACACUAAAACUAACAAUAUAUAUAUUAAUAAAGUAAUUAGAGAAGUUUUAUCAAUAAUUUGCAUUUUGGGAUUAAAUAUAAAUGGAGAACAAAAAGAAAAAUAUGAGGAUGAAAGGAACGAAAGUAAAAAUUCUUUCUAUGAUGAACUUCCAUGGUUAUCAAGUUUAUCUGAAUUGAAAAAUUCAGUAGCAUAUAGUUUAGAUAGAAAAUGUAUUGAAUUAUUAUUUUGUAAUCUGGUAGAUAUAAUAUGCAGCGACGUUUUUCUAAAUUCCUUUCUUAAUUUUGUAACGAACAAAAUGAAUAAAAAUGAGGAUGGUAGUAGUAAUGAUAAAGAUAGCGCUAUUAGUUCGAAAACUAAUAAAAGGGAUAAAAAAAAAGUAAAAAAUUUAAGUGAAUUUAAGUCAAAUUUUGUUAUAGAUACUGGUUCUAAUAGUUACAGUCAUAAUAAUAUAAAUACUAAAAAUAGUUCUAAUAGCUCCAAUAUAUUAAACGCGACCAUGACAAUUAACAAUAAUGGUUGUUUGAAUAAUAGCAUUACAUCAGCUAAUGGAAAUAGCAGUAACGGUAAUUCACUUACUAAUUCAAUUUUUAUAGAGGAAAAUGGAUCAUUACAUGAAAAUGAUACAAAUGAGUCUUAUAAAAAGAAUAUAGAUAAUUUCGUAUGUAAAGACAUGACAAUAGAUAGAAAUUUAAAUGAUAAAGUAUUAGGUGUAAAAAAUAUGUUAUUUGUAGAUAGAAUUGAUAAUAAUGCUCUUUUCGAUUACAGUUUAUGUCUUAUAGGAACAAAAUCAAUUAUGUGCUGUUGUAUUUUAUUGAGAACCUUGUUAGAAAUGAAUUGUGAUGGAUUUUAUGAACCGAAUGACAAUGUCUAUGCAUCUUUUAAAAAAUUGCUAAAUUUUAUUAGGGUUUUCUUUUUUUUAGAUAUAAAAAUAAGUGAUACAUUAAUUAAAUAUUUCGCUCAGAAGAAUUUUAUAAACGUUAAUUACUUGUUUAGUAAAUGUAAAAAUAAGAGUUCUCAAAGUAGUAGCAGCGACUCUUCUUUUGUAAACGGUUUUGUAAAUAAAGAACAUAGAAAAACGAAUUCAAAAUCCUGUUUCAAUGAUUCAAAAGAAGAUAUUAAUUUGUUGUACAAGAAUGCUACUAAUUUUUCUCCUUUUAGUUCAUCAAGAGGAAAUACCAACAAUGAACAUGUAAACACGUUAGAAAUAUUAAACUCGUGUGGAAUACCAUCUGAUUUUCUAAAAUUUUUUAAUAUACCAACUCCAAUAAUUAAAAAUCAACAGGUUAUAACACAAAAUGACACUUUCGAUUUGUGGAUUUAUAUUUUGAAUCUUUUAAUUUGUUUUAAUAGCCAAAAUAAGUAUUCAUUAAGUUUUCCUCAGAGCGUUAAUCAGUUAAAUGAAAGCUGUAUAAAGAAUACCUUGUUCGAUUUUGAAUAUUCAAAUUCUUACCUUUCCAAUAAGAUUAUACAUAAAACUGUAAAAUUUUAUGCUGCAAGGUUAUUGAAAAAAUAUUUAAUAGAUAUAAGUUGUGUAAUAGCAUUAUUACUUCCAAAAUUGUUUAUAGAUGAAUUAAAAACAAGUUUAACAAAAAUUAAUGAAAACAAGAAUAAUGAUAGGGAAAUUAAUAUAAUUUAUGACAACUCUUAUAACAGUAACAAUAAUGAGAGUUUCGUUACAUGUAACACUAUGACAGUAAUAAAUAUGGAAAAAAAUAAAAUUACUAAUUUAUUUUCAAAGGAAGAAAAAAAAAAAAAAGACAAACAUAAUGCAAUAUUUAAUAAUGAUGUAGAUAAUACAAAGGGUAAUUCGUUUAAUGAAAAAGCAGAAAGAUCAAAUAAAUGCCAUAAAUUCGUUUAUCCUAUUAUGAAAGAAAAUAAACACGAAGUAUUACGGAGUAAUGAUGAUUGUGGCCAAAAUAAGGAAGAAAGUUUAAACAUUAAAAUAUUACACUCUGGAAAAGUUAAAAAAAAUAAUAAAAUAAAUAACUUAGGUCAAUUAAUUAAUGCUGGAGUAUGGAAUAAAGAAGAAAUGUUAAAUAUAUUUAGUAUUAUUUACUUGUUCCGUAUAUGUGUUUAUUAUCUUAGCAGAAGUAAGAAUUUUAAGAAAGAGGAUUAUUGGCAGGGAUUUCAAGGACAACUAGGAAAGGCGAAAAUAAAAGAAAAUGUGUACAAUUUGCUCAAUGAAAAAAGUUCGAAUUCUUCCCUGUUGUUUGGAUGGCAAAGAAUAUUCUAUCAAUGUGUUGUAUCUUGGGGAGAUGAAAAAUUAGUAGAACAGUUAUUAUUGAUAAUUCAGUCCGAGUUAUUGUACCAUUUGAUUGGUUCCAUUGCUCAAAGUAAAUCACAAAAUAAAGUUAAGACAGAACACUUUUAUGCAGUUUCUCCUUCUGUUCAUGUAGCUCAUUGGAUGUUAGACACCUUUGUUAGACACCCAUUAUGUCCUUCAAGAAUAAGAUCUUGUUGUAUUACUCCCAUAACCGUUACUUCAUUAUUUGGAUUAAUUAUGAAUGGAAAUCGUCUUCCUAUGUUUUUGGGUAUAGAUGCAUGUAGAUUGGUAUACUGGUCGUGUAUAGUUUAUAUAUUACAAAAUAGAAGAGUCCAUAAAAAAUAUAAGAAAUUAAAAAACAUAGAUAUGUUAACUCAAUUUAAUAUUUCCAUUGAAACGAACACAUGGGAGAAUUCUAUGAAAGAUAGAUUAUAUAAAAAUUAUGCAGAAAAGGAGAAAGAACGAUAUAAUAGAAUAAAGGAAAAGAGACAAAAAGUUAAAUGUAAUUACCAUUCAUUUUUAAGUUACAUAUUUCAUUGUGUACUUGUUUGUGGAUCCUCUGUUUUUAAACACAUUAUGGAGUUAAAUAGUGAAAACGGGUAUAAAAAUAAUAAUAAUAGUAAUGGUAAUAAAAAUAAGUCCAAUGACACAAAUAACAACAAUAUUAGAAAUAAUAAUGAGCAUGUUAAUAAUAUUAUUGAUAAUUUAAAUAAUAAUAUCAAUGAUAUUCUGAACUGCAUACAAAAUUCGGCUAACAACAGAAUUCUGAAUAAUAAUUUUAAUGGAAUAAGCAGUGUUAGUAAUGAAACAAUCUACAAUUUAAAUAUAACCAAUAGAAACAACCCAAACAUCUCUUUAAACAAUAUUAACAACAACAGUUUGCAAGAGAAUACAGAAACAGUUAAUACUUGUAAUAAUAUCAAUGUACAAUCUACGCCUAAUAAUUUAUACAUAAAUUCAACGGUUCCAAAUGAAAAAAAUGACAAAAAAACAUCACAUACGUUCUCCAAUUUUGAUCUAUUUGAGAAUAAGGAACGAAGUACAUUUAACCCUUUACACACGAACGCUUCUUUACUUAUUCAUUACUUUGCUUGCGCUGCGUACUAUAUUAAAAAAGUGGAUAUUUAUAAUAAUAUGAAUUACUAUGAUGAACAUGUGCAUAAUAAUUUUAAACAGUAUUGCUUAUAUUUGUAUGUAGUUGAUCAUGUGGCCAAUAUAUAUUCAAAAAAUAUAAAAAGGAAUGUUCAUAAUCGAAAAAAAAAAUUAAAGUAUAUAAAGGAAUAUGUACAGAACAAUGGAGUGUCAGAUUACACGUAUGAGAUGAAAAAAGACCAAAAUAAAAUUUUGCCUGAUAUAUGUGAACAUGGAGUUAGAAAAGAUACAAAAAAUUAUUUACUGGAUAACAACGAAGAGGAAAUUGAAGAGAAGAAUAGUUCUAUAAAGGGAGACAACAAGCACGUUCUUUUUGCGGAAAAUCAUAAAUAUGUGAAAGAAAACUAUAGCAAACAUAUUUUAGAUGAUAAUUAUGAAGGUCAUUAUCCAGAAAUGUUCGUUGAUUAUGUACUUCAAUUAAAAAAAAAAGUUUCAGUAAAUGUAAUUAUUGAUAUUAAUGAAAAAGUACAUCAUAUAUCUUCACCUAAUUCUGAGAUGAUUAAAUUAAGCAUAAAAGAUAUAUUUCCUAUGCCAAAGGAAAAAAAAGAAGAAAAAUGCUUUUCAGAAAAAGUAAAUUAUAUUAGCACAAAUCCUAAGGACGUGGUAUCAAAACACACUAACGAUGAUAAUAAAAAAAAAUAUUAUAAUAAUAUCGAAAAAAUAAUAAAUAUAAAUGAAGAUGAAAAGGAAACAGUUAAACGAAUUUGCAAUAAAUCAUUUAAAACUCCUAACAUAAUAUUUAGUGCUGAUAACGAUUUCAAUUAUAUUUUACAAGAAAUGAAAUUCAAGAAAGUGCAAGAAUUUCUAUGUGUUGAAUCUAAAUCAAUAACUAUGAAUAUGGAUAUGGACAAAAUAGGAAAAGUAAAAUUAGGUUCUCAUAUUGAAUUAGUUCAUAUAAAUAAUAUGCCAUAUCCCUUAAAUUUAAUAGGUAAUUCAGAAUUAUACUCAGGUACACACAAUUCUUCCUUCGCUGUAUCUCUUUCAGUAUCCGAUAAUAAUCUGAAUAGCAGAUAUGAAAAUAUCAACAAUUUCGUUAAUAUAGAAAUAGGUGUAUUAAAUAUAAGGAGAGAAUAUCAUAUGAAGGAUGAUAUGAAAGAAAAUAUAAAAGAUGACAUAAUAUUGAAUGACUGCAUUGAACAGAACAAUAACAUAUUUAAAAAGUAUAGCAGUUGUAAAAUGUUUACAAAUGGCAAAUUAUAUAAUAAAAAUAAUAAUUUCAAAAAUUUACACAGAUUAAGUGAUAAUGUACUACUUAGCUAUAACAAUUAUUCACAACAGCGUGGAGAGGAUGAUGCAAUAUUAAAAUAUUCUUCAUUUUUGCCAAAAAGUAUAGAAAGAAAAGUGUUUACCAAUGGGACAAGAAGAAAUGAAUAUAAUUUUUCUAUGAAAAACGACACAGUGGAACCUUAUAAUAUAAAUAAAAAUCAUAAUAAAAAAUACGUCGAAUAUCUUAUGAAAAAUAAAAAUUUUUGUAGACCUUAUAAAAAAUAUUCUCUAAAGAAUUGUGAAGAUGAAGAUGGAAUGUCCAACAAAAUUCGCACGAAUGACUCAUAUAAUAGUAGCAAUAAUAACAAUAAUUAUAGAAAUAAUAAUAAUAGUAAUUAUAGUAAUAAUGACAACAGCAAUAAUAGUACUAAUUAUUAUUAUUACACCUAUUCUAAGAUGUUGUCAGAUAUAUAUCCUAUUAACUCGAGUGAAAGCAUGAUUUACAAUAAUUAUGCAAACAAAAACGAGAACAGUUCAAUUACCCUGAAUAUUACAGAUGGAACAGUUAGUUCAAUGGGUUUGUUUUCUUGUAACAAUGGUGAAAAUAUAAAACCGUUAAUAAUAAAUAAAACUUCAAGUUCGGUAUGUAUUACUGUGAAGGUAAUUGGGAAACAAAUAAUUUGGUUUUUAAAUGAUACCAUAAUUUAUCGUAAUGAGUUUGACGCAAAAAUGACCAAUUUUGUACCACUUAUUAGAGUUUUUCCUAAAAUAGAAAAUAGAAAAUUAGAUGAAUAUAAGAACAGGGAAUGUAACCCAUCUGUACAUAUGAAAUUUAUUGAUAUCAAUGAAAAAACUUUCGUUUCACCUCUAUCUGAAAUAUAUUUUAAAUUUGAAAAUAUUCAUGAAAUGAAGUAUAAAAAUGACUGUAUAAAUAUCAGAAAAAACUGGAAUAAAAGUUUAUGGAAACCUAUGUGCUUUUUUUUACCAGAUUUUACAACAGCAGUAGUAUCACAAACAACAAAAACAAAUAUGAAAAAAAAAACAAUACCAUCCAUAAUACCACGUGCAGAUAACGAAAUAUUAAUACAAUAUUAUAACUCUAAUUACAAAGAAGUUAUUUGUAACGAUAAUUUUUCUAAUAUUUUUUUCCUGACACCCAACAUUCAUAUUAAAAGCGAACCGAUAAAUUUUACUCAUUUGAUGCAUUGCAAAAAUAUACAGGGGGAAAAAUGGAAAUUUCUAUCUUUAGAAAAUAUUAGAACUAGAAGAAAUAUAUCUGUUAUAAAUUACUGCGGUUUGGUGAAUUCAUAUAACCAAUCAGAAAUAAAUAAAGUAGAUUUGGGUACAUUAAAUAGCUGCGAGCAAAAGACGACAAAAGGAGACAUAAGCAUACAAAAUAUGCCAAAUAUACAAAAACCUUAUGCUAAAAUAUUAGAAACGAGUACAAAGAAUGAUGUAGAAAAGGAAAAUACCAACAAAAGAAUUAUAAACGAUUUGAAUAUACAGAAUUAUUUGAAUAGAAAUAAUAGAAAUGAAGACAUAGUUGCAAACAAUAAAAAUAAUUAUGAAGUUAUGCAUAAUUUUCUUUUACCAAAUGAUAAUAAAAGUAAUGAGAAAAACAAAAAAAAUUUAAAUAAUAGUAAUGUAAAUUUAAAGGCAAAUUUAUACGAAUUAAAUGAUGUAAAUAGAGCACAUUAUACAUCAUACUACCAGGAAGUUAUCGCUGAAUGUACGAACAAAAAUUUUAUUCACAGUAAUUAUAUCAACGAUUACUUUACGUCAAAUAAUGAUAGUAAUAUACACAUAAAAUAUAAGCUUAACAAUUUUCCAAGAAUAAAAAAAGACAUCUCUUACAAUAUAAAAUAUAGUUCUAUUCAAGAAAUUAAUGACACUAGCCAUAACAUUGCUAAAUAUAAAUUUAAUGAAAAAGCGAAAAUUUUAAAUGAUGUAAGUAAUAAAAAAAAAUACACAAAAGACAAUCAAAUAUGUUGUGACGAAUAUCAAACAAGGAAUAAUAGUUAUUCGUUCAUAAGUUAUCAUGAUACUAAUAAUAUUAAUGAGGAGAAAAAGGGGAAUAAUAAUAUUAUACAUGUAUCAAAUAAAGACGAUAUCAAUGAAAUUAAUAAUAGUUCCGAGGAAUAUCAUAAUUAUAAAGAGCAUUCCUAUGAAUGUCUUAAUUGUUGCCUAUAUUAUAUAGGAUGCAAAGAAUUUAAAUUAUGUAUGGAUUCUUAUGAUUCUAUAUUUCCUGCAAAACAUUUUAUUUUUAACUGUACUGUAUGUUUUAAUGAACAUGAUAAUAGGUAUAAUGGGAAUGAAAUUAAAAAUUCGAUUGGUAUUAUAUGGGGUAUUUACCGCUGGUUAUGGACAAGCAAUGGAAAAUUUAUAUGCCCGUUAAAACUUCCCCUAUGUAUAUCUGAAUUACCAUCAGAAAAAAUAGAAGAAUGUGAAAUAGAAGUUCCAAUGUUUAAAUCUAAGGACAAUUUAUGCAUGGAAUUUGAACCACUAUAUCAAAGUUUGUUUUUUUAUAAGAAUGGAAAUUAUGAGUUUGGAUUUAAAUUUGAUACUUUCUAUAAUUAUAGAAAUAUGAAAAACAUUUGGUUAGAUGAUAGAAGUAAAGAUAUGAAAAACGAAGAUGAUAUAAAUGCAUCGAAAUUUUCCAAUUCUAGUAGUAUGAGUAAUGUGAACAUUAAUGAAAUAAAUGUUAUAAAAAAUGGAGAAAAUACAUAUAGAAAUGGUAUAAACGAUAAAAAUAAUGUACAAAAAGAUACAUAUAAAAUCCAAAAAGAAAAGGAUGUCAAAGAUUUUAAUAAUGAGAAUUACCCUAAUUCACAAAUGUAUAUAAAUCAUCCUUUUAGUUCGUUAUAUAAUUCGAGAGCAUAUAAUAAUAAUAGUUGUACACAUUCUAUAUCUAAGGAACAUAAGUGGAAUAAGAGAAUAAAUGGCACAAACAAUAUAAAAACAAAGGAAAAAAAAAUUAAUAAUGAUAUAAAUUGUAAUAUUUGUAACAACAAUAAUUAUGAGAACAUUGUGGAAGAUAACCAGAAUGAAACUGUGACGAGAAUACGAAAUCAUGUUAAUAUGAUUAAGCUGUAUAACUCUUUAUUAUUAAAUGAUUGUGAAAAUGUUUCUUUUAUUCUAAAUUGUAAUCCAGAUUUAUUAGCAAAAUCAGAUGAAAAUAAACGAGAAAUAUCAUUUGAACAUUAUGAAAUGAAGCAAGAGGAUUUCCCUUAUGAACUUAUUUCAUCAAUGAAAAAUAUAAUAUACGAAAAACAUUUAACACCUUUGAUGUUAGCUUGUCGAAUAGGAUGUGAGGAGUGUGUAAGAAUAAUAAUAAGUAUAGGAAAAGUCAACCCUAAUAAAGCUUGUCAUAAAAUGGAGAAAGAAACUCCCUUAAUGAUAGCAGCACAAUAUGGGCAUAUUAGACUUGUAUAUAUAUUAAUCUGUGUAUAUGGUGUACAAAUAAAUAAAAAAGACUCCAAGGGAAACACAGUUUUGCAUAAAGUGUUGUUGAAUUAUGGUAAUGAUGAAGGAAAAGGAAAUUCUACUUUAAAAAUGGUUCAACUGUUACUAAAAUUAGGAGCUGACAUUACUAUCCGAAAUAAAAAAGGUGUAUCUGUGGAAGAAUUAGUGCAAAGAAAUAUGAUAAAAAAUAAAAAAGUGGAAAAUAUAUUAAAAAUAUGGAUUAAAUUAACCUUAAAAAAUAAAAAAAAAGAGAAAAGAUAUUAUAUUAAUAAAAAUAUUAUACCAGGUUUACUCUCGAAUUGUUCGAUAGUUGUUGGAUUUCCUAUAAACACAAAUAAUUUGAAUAAUAGAUCGUCCGUAAAAAUAAAUUCGUUCGUUGUAGGAGGAGAACAACUGGUCACACACAAACAUGGGGAAAAUGUUAGAAGGUAUGAUGAUGAGAAUGAUUUCUGUUGCAACUGCAACUUUGACGAGGAGGCGGAAAUGGCAUAUAAUAAUAAUUAUUAUAAUAUAAGUAACUGUAUUAAUGAUAAGUAUAAUAAUGGUAACUAUAACAGUGGUCAUUAUAACAGUGGUCACUGUAACAGCGAUAAUUGUAAUAGUAGUAAUUAUAAAUAUAAUUAUAAUUACGAUAAUUAUAAUUAUAGAGAAUGCUUUGUGAGAAAGAAGGAUGAAGAAUAUUUUAGUUGUGAUAAUUCUCCCAGAAAUAUUCCUGUACCCAAUUUACGCAACCCAGAGAAAAGCAUAAAGGAAAGAAAAAAAAAAAAAAAUGAAACGGAUAAUAUAUCAAAAUGUAACAAUUUUAAUAGUAGUUCUACCUUUUUAGAAUAUUCGAAGGAAAGUAAUGAUAAAUACUCGGAAUAUAUAAAUUCAUCUGAGAAGAAUGAUUUUACCAGAAGGAACAAAAAUAUGUAUGGAAAUAAAAAUAAAACAGAUUAUUUUAAAGAGAUAAAUAACAAAUUGGUGAACUAUGUGGAUGAUACAAAUAUGUUAUAUAGAGAACGCAACUGUGCACAUGACAAUAAUAAUAAUAGCUAUAGUAAUGAUAGUACCCAUAAUAAUACUAAUAUUUAUAAUAAUAACAGUAAUAAUAUAAAAUAUUUGAAUGAUUCAAAAUAUAAGGAUAGCAAAUUGUUCUUGCAAAAGGAGUAUCUCAGUGACACAGAUAUAUAUGGAAACGAGUAUGACCCUUCUGAAUUAAGGAAUAAAAAUAAAUUGGAUUGUAAUUUAAUUAAUGACAAUGAAAGUAAAGAUGUUCACUAUAUAAUUAUAGAGGAAAAUGAGGAGGGAAAUCUGAAAAAUAAUGCAAAAGACCAAAUAAAUAAAAGCCAUAAUAUUCAAUAUAUUUUAACAAAACAAAGGAAAAGAUACAAGAAUAAAAAUGAUAUACUAAGUCAUAUUGUCGUUCACCCCCAUGCUGAUAACAAUUUUUGUGAUUCUAAUAUAGAAUGUAUGGAUGAAGAAGAAAAAAUGUACAAAAAUAACAUUUUAGAAAAAGAAAAUAAGAAUAAGGGAGAAUUUUAUUAUAAGGAUAAUAAUUCUCUAAAAGGGAAUUUUAAAAAUAAAUGCUUCGUCUUUUCAAAUUCAAGGAAGAAUAUGUUCAACUGUCAAGAUGUGUAUGUAAGUCUAAUAGAAUUUAUAAAUAAAUCAGGAGUGUUUUCAGAUAUGUUUAAAAAUAAUGGUUAUUUAGACUCUAAGAAUAUUCCAAAAUUUGAUGAAUUAAAGAAUGUACUAAUGCAAAUUAAGAAUGAGGGUGAUGUAGUUAAAGGAUUUCAGAAGUUUUUAGAAUUAUUUGAUUUUCUAUAUAUGGAUGAAAAAUUAAAAUGUUUCCUAAAUAUUGAUCUAAGAAAACACUUAGAAAAUUGUGAUAGUCUAAUUGAUUUAGGUUAUAUCCUUUUAAAAGUGGACAGUUUCAGUAGCAUUUUUAAUAAUUUUAAAAUAAAAUGGAGUAAUAGUGUACGGGAAGAGUGGAGAAAAAGAUUAAUGAAAGGUAUUGGUAUCCUGAAUGAAUUUUAUGAUAUACAAUGGAAUACUGAUUUCUACACAGUUUUUAAAUACGAAGAAGAUAUACUAGAAUCUGCAUCAGUUAUUGAUAAUGUAUUACGAAAUGGAAAUAAUAUGUUAUUUUAUAAUAACUUAAUGGACAUGAUAGACGACAAAACUCUUAUUUUAAAGAGUAUUCUUUACGAUUCUCAUAUAUUUGACGAUAAAUUUAAAAAUAUUCAUUUGGAGAAUUUUAAUAAAGAUUCUAUUUUACAUGAUUUUUGUUCUAAUAAAAAUAUUUUAAAAGAUUAUUUUUUUCUAGAAAAUAAUAAAAAUAUUAUUAGCAAUACCGAUACAAAUGAAAUUACGGACAAACAUAAACAUUUUUUAAGUAAAUAUUUUAUUAACAAGAAUAGAAAAGGAAACAAAGAACUUUACUCUGGUUGUGAUUCAGUGGAAGAUGCAAAUGAGCGAAAGGAAAAAAAAUCCAGAAAGCAGCAUACAUUUGACAGAUCAGCUUAUAAAAGGGAUUCAAAGCAGCAUAUACCCUUGUUCAAAAUGUCUAAUGAUAUAUGUAGUAGUGGAGAUGAUUCAAAUCAUAUAAUUAGUAAUGGAAACUAUAUAUCAAAUGGAACUAUAAUUGAUAAUUGUUCAAUACACAACACAUCUAAUAGUAAGGGAAAAAAUAUGGAGAAUAAGGAAAAUGGUAAGAAUGAUGAAGUACUGUGUACGAAUAUGUCUAACUGUUAUGUAAAUAAUAGCACAAACAAUAAUAGUAAUAUUAACAAUGUUAGCAAUGCUGGAAAUAUUGAUCAUGUUAGCAAUAUUGAAAAUAUUAGCAACAAUGGAAAUGUUAGCAAUACUGGAAAUAUUAGUAAUAUUAGCAAUAUGAGUAGAUAUAGUAACAAUUUAUUCGGUAGUAAGGGAGAUAGGAAAAUGGAAAAUGACAUAACGAAGCAGGACUCCAUGCGAUCCAUAAAGGUAGAUGUUACGGUAGAGAAUAAUAGCAACAUCAAUAGUAAUAACAGUAACAGCAAUAAGAACAAUAAUAGUAAUAAUAAAAAUAUUGCUAAUAAUAAAAACAAUAUUGGUAAUAAUAAUAGCAACAAUAAUAACAGUAAUAGCAAUAAUAAUAAUAGUAAUAGCAAUAAUAAUAACAGUAAUAGCAAUAAUAAUAACAGUAAUAGCAAUAAUAAUAACAGUAAUAGCAAUAAUACAAAUAAUAACAUUAGUUGUAAUAAUUACACGCCAAGUAGUAAAAAUAAAAUCCAGUCGCCUAAUGGUAGAAUAUCACGAAAUGCACAUAUAAUGUUUGAAAACACUUAUGAAGAGAAUAUGUCAUUAAAUAAUAAUUUUCCAUUUGAAUGUUCAAAUAUGUUAUUAAGUCAGAAUCACGAGAAUAAUAUAAAUCAGUUUAUGGGCGAAGAAGAACAUGAUAAUUUAAUCAAUUCUAGUAGUAAAUAUAUUUAUGUUAAAAAUUAUAAUGAUGAAGGUAGUUAUUUCAGUAAAGUAAAUAGAUAUAGUAAGUACAAAGAGAAAGCACAUAAUUUGAAGAAAAAUUGUUUUAAUAAAUCAGAUAUUGAUCCUCCAUUGUAUACUAAUAAUUUGAAUAGGAAAUAUUCUCUUGAUAGAAGUUUUUGUAGGGAUAGCUAUGAUGAACAUGAAAAUAAUGAAAAAGAUUACAGUCUAAUGUGCGAAAUGCAUUUUACAUCGUUGCCUUCAGAAAAUGAAAUGACGAGAGCAGAAUGUAAUAAAAUAUGGCCAUAUACUCUAGACACAUAUAUUCUUCAUAUAUAUGAUUUAAUAAGUAGUUAUAUGGAUUCAGAUGAAAAAAUAAGUUUAUUUGUUUAUCAUGCAUUUGAUAUGGAGAAAAUAAAAAAAAAAUUACCAAGUAAAACAUCUCAAUUAUGGAAAAGAAUAAAUAUGUCUUUAGAUGAUUUUAUUGAAGAAAUAAAAAAAGUUCAUAAUUUUACAAUGAGAAUUGUGUAUCAAAAUAAUUUUAAAAACUAUGGAAUGUUUCCACCAAAUUUUAAAAAAUAUUUUGUAUUAACUGAUGAAUACUUAAAAAAUAUUACAAAAAAAAAGCUAGUUAUGACUGUAGAUUUUUAUAAAAAUAAUGUUUACGAACAAAAUAAAUACCUUUUUUUAAAAAUUAUACAAGAUCGCAUAACUUUAUUAAAAAGAUUUAAUACUUACUUUGAAUGUUGCCUUCCAAUUACAGCUGUAUUAUUCAAUAAACCUAUCAUUAAUUUGGAAGAGCACGGUUUGCGCACCAUGGAAUGUCCUUUAUGCUUUUUUAUGAGCAAUGACAAAUACUUUCCGUGGAACACACAAAAAAAACAUAGAAGUGAUAUAUACAAUUGUAGCAGCUAUUUAUUAUCGAAAGUUAAGAAUGAAGCGGAUAGCAUCGAUUCCAAGAAGGUCUCUGCUAUAAGCAUGAAUAAUAACUGUAGUAGUAGUAUCAACAAUAGUAGCAGUAAUGGCAUAAGUAAUAGCAGAAAUAACUGUAAAUGUAAUGGUAUAAGUAAUGACAGAAAUAACUGUAGAAGUAGCUGCAGAACGAAUGGUAGAAACACUAAUGGGAACUGUCUUAAUUAUUAUAUGAAUAUGUGUAGAGACAAACUAUAUGACUAUCCAAACGAGUUCAAGAAAUUCAAAGGUUUAAAGGAGAACAUAAGCAAUGUAAUCUGCCAAAAUAUAGAAGACACAGGAAAUAAGUGGAACAAUUUAGAUCAUAUUGAUUGUACAAAAAACAAAAAGGACAAUAUAUCUGUAAGUGGAAAUAUAAGUAAUUCUUUGGUGGUUGCAGCUGAGUUAUUAUCUAAACAUAAUGCAUCACACAAAAGCAAUAAUAAAAAUAGUAAUAAUAAUAAUAGAAGUAGCAAUAGUAAUAGUAAUGGAAAUAAAAAUAGCGAAAGUAAUGGCAAUGAACACAAUGGUAGUAAUGGAAACGGUAAUGGCAGUGGUAAACCUUUCGUGAUCAGUUAUACCUGCAGUAAUCAUAAUAAUAGUACACAAAAUGAAUUUCUUUGUGAUAAUUACGAGAUGUUAGAAAAAUCAAAUGAAAAUAUACAUUUGUAUAAUAGCAAUGAAGGCGAACAUGAAAGCUUGGAGGAUCCAGUGGCAGAUUGUAUAAAACAUUGUAAAAAUAUGUACUCAUCUAGUAAAAUGGUUUUAGCAAUGGGGUCAUCUGAUUUACCAAUACAAUUAUCCUCCUAUUUAUUUAUUAAAAAAAUUCUUAAACAUGACACUACAUUAAAAUUAUGGAAGGAAUGUCUAAAAAAUAUUACUUCCUCAAGUUCAGAAAAAUCGAACUUGACAUUAAGAAUAGAUAGAGGUAUGGCUGCAACAGCAAAAAAUAUUGCUCAUACUAUGUGGUAUCAGAGUACGUUUUCAUUAUUAAGUAUAGAUACUCAUAAACUUAGGGGGAAACCAAGAGAUAGACCGUUUAUGGUUGUAUUUAUUGGAGAAGGUGCAACGGAUUUUGGUGGUCCUUUUCACGAAUAUCUGUCUUCACUUUCUAGGGAAGUUAUGGGUAAGCUAUCAGAUUCACCUGAUAAAAGUUUACCCGUAUUUCCUUUGUGUAUUCCUUGUCCUAAUUACACACAAGCUAUUGGUGGAAGACAAGAUACGGUAAUAAUUAACCCUCAAAUUAGUCCAUAUUCUAUAAAGGAAUUAGAAUAUGUUGGUGAAAUAGAUAUUAUUGAUAAUAUGGAAAGUUAUAGAUGGCAGAUAUUGAAUAUAUAUAAUUCUAUUAAAGAGAUAAAAAGCAAAUUAUAUAAGUCACAAAGUAAUAAUUAUCAAAUGUAUAAGGAUAAAGAAGAAAAUGAUUUCUCGGAGGAAUUUGGAAAAAGAAAGGAGGAUCAAAUAUAUAUGCAUUGUUCAGCAGAUAAGGAUCCAUGUGAGAGACCUCAUAAUUCAACUAGUGCUAAGUAUUUUAACAGUAGUAAUGAAAAUAUGGAUCAUAAUUAUUGUGGUAUGACAAGGAAUAAUAAUUUUGUCCUCGAUGAACCUAUCAGUACAAAAAACAAAAAGGGUAAUACUCGGACAGGAAAAUGUAAGUGCAGCCAAGAUGACAGUGGUAUUAGCGGAAACAGUGGUAUUAGCGGCAACAGUGGUAGUAACGGUAAUAGCGGUAAUAAUAGUAAUAACACGAGUAAAGAAUCAUUAGAGGAAAAGGCUAACUCAGGAGAGAAGAGUCAGAAUGGAGGUUGUAAUCCUAAAAACAAAGAGAAAGUCUACAUAUUCAAUAAUAAAAAAUCUGUUACAUUUGAAAAAAUAGAAGAAGAUAAUAAGAUGGAUUUUCAUUUAGGUAACAAAUAUUAUAGAAGUUAUGUAAGCGAAAAUAAUUCUACUGAGGAAAAUGACAUUUUUGAAGUUAUUAAUAAUGUAUCUUUGAAAACUAGAAAAGAUCUUGUGGAUAGAAUAUUAAAAAAGAGACGAAAUGAAGAGAAUGAUAAAUUGUUACGAAAGGAAAUGGAAAAUAAAAAAGAAUGCGAUAAUAUGAAGAAGAACAAUAAAAAAUAUAAUGAUACAAACAAAAACAAUAUGUAUGUAGAAUAUGAUGAAAAGACUACUAAAGCAAUGGAAUUAGCUAUGUAUGAAUCCUUAGGUAGAGUUAUGGGUAUGUGUGUUUGUAUAGCAUCUGCGUUAAAUAUAUGUUUUAAUCCUAUAAUUUGGAAAAAAAUUUGUGGUAUGCCUCUAGAAUUACAAGAUUUAUGUGAUUAUGAUUUUGUUGCUGUGGAAAUGUUGAAAACAUUAAAAAUGCUAUGUGAUGAGAGAACCAACGGAUGGAAUGUAGAAUUAAAACAGUCGCUAGGUGAUAUGACAUUCUUAACAGAAGAUUCUGGAGGUAAUUCUAUUGAACUGAUUAGGAAUGGAGUUAAUGUACCAAUUAACUUUGAUAAUUUAGAAUUGUUUAUUCGCUUAAUGACAAGAUGUAAAAUGAAUGAAUCAUCAAAAGGCAUAAGAUAUUUAUUAAAAGGAUUUAGUUCGGUAAUACCUUUAGGUAGAUUAAGAUUAUUAUAUGAGUUUACAAAUGUAGAACAUAUGGUUUGUGGUGAAAGAGAAAUUAACUUAGAUGUAUUAAAAGCCCAUACUUGGUCAAAUGAUUUAAAAAUAAAGCAUAAGCUCUUCACAGUAUUAGAAGAAUUUACCAAUGAACAACUCCAAUCAUUUCUUAGAUUUGUUUCUGGUCGCUCAAGAUUACCAACAACAAAAAAUGAUUGGUAUAUGAUUAUUGAUGUUGAUAAUGGUAAUCAUAAUUUUAGUCAGAUAGAUCAGAGAUUACCUACAGCUGUUACCUGUGGCUUUCGUUUAUUGUUACCUCAAUAUUCCACUUUAGAAAUUUUAAAAGAAAGGUUACUGUAUGCAAUUAAAAAUUGCACAGCUAUUGAUUUAGACACCUUUGUUGUCCAUGAUCAAAUGCAGUUAAUGUAUGAAGAGUGA